AUGUCCACGGCCACCCUGCCCUCGCCUCGGACCGGCACCUUCCUUGAGGUCUCCUUCCGCCGGCUGCUGGAGGAGCUGGAACCGGAGGUGCUGCGGGCGUACAGGGGCGCGGUGGCGGCGCUGCGGGCCUCCCUGCAGGAGCCUGCAGUCCCGGCCACCUUCCAGGGCCCGGACCCUUUCAUUUCAGAGGAGACACAGCCUGCUGAGCAGGCGGAUCCGGCCGCGCCCCCCUCCCCGCGCUCGGGCCUGGGCCUGCGCCGCCGCAACGGCCCGGGCCCUGAUGCCGACGAUGACCGGGGUCUAGACUCCCAGGCCCAGCUCCAGGACGCGCUGACCGACGAGCUGGCGGUGCUGGCCGCCUCGCUCAAGUCCAACACGCUGGCCAUGGAGGGGCGGGUGAGGGAGCGCGGCUCGCUGCUGGAUGCCACGGAGACGGCACUGGACCGGAGCCUGGUGGGGGUGAAGGCCUCCAACCUCGGCGCGACAGCCAUCCACCGCAAGUGCGAUCGGUGGCGGCGGAUGGGGUUCUGCCUGACCCUGCUGGCCCUCCUGGGCAUCGUUUCUGCGUUUGUGGGCAUGUACCUGUUCAUCAAGCUGACCAGCCUGGCAGGCUACCGCGCGGUGAAGGUGGUCCACGUGACACAUGCCCGCGGGCAGGACAGGUGGGCCCCUCAGCACUUGGAGCUGUGA